AUGGUGCGAAGAUCCAAACGACUUAGAGUUGAAGUUGAAGUUGAAGGUGAACUUGGAGGUGAUAAUGAAACGGGUGAAGUAUCGAAAUAUUUCAAGAAGGAGGAUCGGAAGGAGGAAGAGGUAUUGAAAUCUAGUUGUCGCAAAGACGACGUUGAUGUUGAGAAAGUCAAGAAAAUGGAUGCUUAUGAGUAUUACGAUUGGGUUAAUGCCCGGACUAAAGAUGAUAUUGGUGAUAUUGAAUUGGUGGAGAGAAAAGGUUUUCCGAGAAAUUUUAUUCCCAUUUACUCGAAAGUGAGACUUAUGAGAUCUAAGAUUGCCACGCCGGUCGAUUCGGUUGGUUGUGCAAUGCUUCCAGUCACAGUGAGUCAAGAAUUUGGUGUCAAAAGAUGCCAUAUUUCCCCGAAGAAUUACAGGUUUCAACUUCUCAUUGCACUGAUGUUGUCGUCACAAACCAGAGACGAAGCGAAUGCGAAAGCCAUGUUCAACCUUAUGCAAUACUGCUAUGAGGAUUUGAAAAGUGGGGAAGGCCUGACGCUUGACGCAAUGUUUGAUAUUGACAAAGAUACACUGACCGAACUGCUAUAUCCAGUGAGUUUCUAUACGCGUAAAACAAUGUACAUCAAAAAGACGAUUACAUUGUUGAGGAACAACUUCGACGACGAUGUUCCUCCAGAUAUCGCCGGAAUGCUCUCUUUACCGGGAGUCGGACCCAAGAUGGGGUAUUUGGCAUUACAAAAAGCAUGGGGUAAAGUGGAUGGUAUUGGUGUCGAUGUGCAUGUUGACAGGCUUUGUAAAAUGUGGAAAUGGGUUGAUCCAGCCAAAGCUAAAACUCCAGAACAUACGCGUCGCCUUUUGGAAGAAUGGUUGCCAUACGAUCUCUGGUAUGAAAUAAACCCUGUUUUGGUCGGCUUUGGCCAAGUAAUAUGUCUCCCACGAGGCAAGCGAUGUGAUUUAUGUAUGGCAAGUGAUAUUUGCAAUGCAGUGGAUAAAAAAUUGAUGAAGGGCGCUUCUAAAGCCAAAGGCUUCAGGAAAAGCCGGGGUAAUUACUCAGAAUGGGUGGAAUACAUGGAAAAUUCCAAAGAGGUCAAGGAAGAAAUCGAGAGUGAUGGUGAUGAAAAACUCAGAGUCACAUCCGGCGCUGGUAAAUCGUAG